AGUGGCGUGAGUUUUAAAUUUCCGAUAACCACCGAUAGUCCAGAGAAGUAUCAAAAGUAAUUGUUUUUAUAAAAAGAUUCAUCAAUGCAAAAAAUUAUUUAUAAAUGUUAAUCAUUUUUUAUUCCUUUAAGGCAGAUUUGCGUGACACAGAAUGAAUAUUCAUGAUUCACUAAUACAUUUUAUAAAUUGAUGUUAAUUUACUUGAACUAUUUUUUUAAAAUUAUUUUUUCUUAAUUUGAUAUCUGGCCACUAUUCUAUCCUUUAUUAAAAAACGCAGAUGAAGUCUUCGUUCUAUUUUUUCCAUCAUUAAGUUUUUUAUGUCUACUGUGAAAUUUGGUGCUAUGGAGUUUGAGGUCUGCCGACGAAAUGAGAAACACCAUAGAGUUUAAGGUAUUAAUAAGUAAAUAUAAUGCAUAUUUUUUCAUUGAUUUCACAGAGGAAAUUUUUCUUUUCAUGCGGAUUCUUCUUAUUCCCUUAUAUCUCUACUUCAAAUUUUUCAAUAACUACCUUUAUCACAAAAUUUACUACUCAACUCAAUUGAGAGAAAUAAAAGAAUAAGAGUCAAUUUGAACUUAACGGUGUACUGCGCAAACGAGAAGUAAACUUAACCUUAACAAUCAGCAAAUUUGAAAUUUAAAACAAUAGAAGAUUGAAAUGUCUGUAUUUCAUACAAUUAAACAAUUAGAAGAUAAAAAUGUACCGGUUGAAAUAAAUUUAAUGACAUGGAGUGAUCGUAUGGAUCUUGUAGCUCUUUCUAAUAUAAAAGGAGAAGUUUCUUUAAAUAGGUUGUCGUGGACGAAAGCUUGGAGUUUGAGUCCUCCCAAAGAAAACUUACAAGUUAAAGCAAUUGCUUGGAGGCCAGAUGGAAAAGUUUUAGCUAUAGGAUACAAUUCAGGUGAAGUCUUUUUAAUCGGCGUUGAAAAUAAGAAGACACUGGUUGAUAAAGAUGCAGGUGCAGAAAUCACUACUCUAUCAUGGGUUCAAGAAAAAAUUGAAAACAAAGUUCAAAAUACAUUUACACUAAUAAAAGAAGAACCUCCUAAAAAUUACAUGAAGUACAUAGAUCUUUCAAAAUUAUAUUUAAAGGAUCCUGUUCCUAAUGCUACAUUGGAUGCCUCAAAUGUUGAAGAUACAAAAGAAACUAAUUUUUUGCAAGAUCAAAGCGAACUUAAUUUAUUAUUAGUUGGUACCAAAGAUGGUUACGUACACAUUAGAGUGUUUGGGUGUUUCACAUGUGCAGUUUUAAAUAUAAAUGAAUAUUUAGGUACUUCUUGUUGUGUAGAAAAUGUGCAAAUUAAUGAGGAUCUAAGUAAAAUAUUUGUCACUGUCAAGGAUACAGAUUUUAAUAUAAGGGUGGUUGUAAUAAAUGCCCAGAUUUUUAAAACUCAUACUGAAGAAUUUUUUUGUGCGGGCAUAAAGUAUGUUAAGUUAGUAGACUUGGUGAAAUAUUUAACAAACACCAUAACAAACAUCACAGAAACAUGGGAAAGUUUCUUAUUAGAAAUUGAUCAUAAACUAUCCAAAUAUGCUAAGAAAGUUCCAGAAGGUGGUGUUACAGCCGAUUUUCUUGAUUUAUUAAUGUUUGGAAUAUGUUCACCUGAAUUAGAAGAGUUUUUAAUAACAGAUCUAACUAAAAAAGGAUUGGAAAAAUUUGGUCAAACCAUAGAGAUGAGUUAUGCUAAUAUACAAAAGUUGUUACUAAAAAAUGUCACCAAAUUUGGACAAAAUUUAACUUACCACUUGGCUGAGUUGCGAGGAAUGGCAAGGCUAGAACACAAAUACCAGAUAAUUGGUUUGAAAGAAGAACAAAUAACAGCAGCCAUACAAUCCAGUGGUGCAUUUUUAAUAAAAGCUGGGGAGAUGCAGCAAAUCAUUAAUCAUUCUGUGAUAAACUACAAAGCUUUCUUUAGAUGGUUAUAUGGCGCUAUUCUAUUUUUAAUGGAUGAAGCUAUUCCUUCUGAGAUACACAAAAUAGCCCAACAAGAUUUAGCUUACAUUACAGAAUUUUUGCAAAAUUUUGAUCACAUCGGUAAUAAAGAUGGCCAGAAUACCAAAGGUUUCAUAAUGGAACGUUUAGGACAAUAUCUAACAGACGCCCCACUGGUGAUAAUACCAAAUAUGGAUGGUAACGAUUGGACAACAUUCCUCUCUGAAAACGAAUGCAUUCAAAACCAUCCCAGUAUAUUACAACAUUAUAAAACGACGUCAUUAAUUCAUCAGUUUAAAGAUUUGGCAGUUAGAAUAUGUGAAAUUUUCGAUGCGCCUAAAGUAACUCUAAAAAAACAUUUCACUCUUAUACACACUUUCGAUUGUUUCAAUUUUGGUGAAGGACCAUUGCGAAUGUCAGGGAUAAACGUCAGUAAUGAAAUGAUACUAUUCACUUUCCUACAACCGAGUAGCAACAUUUAUGUACUCCAAGUACAUUUGACUGAUUCUAUGUGUCAAGCCAGAUGUGGUAAAUUUUAUUUUACCCAAUUAUCUGAAGACACUGCCGAGAUAUAUCAAAUAUUAGAUGUAUCAUUCUAUUCAGGCAACAUUUUGUCGUUAUUGUUGCAAGAAAAUUCUGGUUACAAAUCUGCUACUUUAUUGCAAUUUCCUCUAUCUUCGGCUAUGGAAAAAUUGGUGGAAAUCGAUAUAAAAGCAGAUAUUAGUAAAACUAUUUUACCCAAUUCUAAUGGAUCUCACUUUAAUCCAAAAUUAUUCAGAAAUAUUGAAAUGGCGGCGUCUACUUUCGCCGUUUCAGGUAGUAGAAGAGUGUGUAUAGUGUUAUCUGAAAAUAAGAAAAAAAUUAAGUUAUUUGAAAUGGAAGCAGACGAAGAAGACGACGAAGAUGCUGAUAUGACAAGCAGUUUGUUAAAAGAUGACAUCAGUAUGCAGGAAAAUACAGUUGAAUGAUAAUUUUUUUUUCAGUUGUUUUACUGGUUUUAAUUUUUAUCGAGUCGAUAGGACAGGAGGGAGUCAGGUGGGGAACAUAGCCCUAGACAACGAAGGACCUUAUAGGAAAUAAUUGAAUAAUUAAAAGCUAAGUAUUCUUUUCUGUAAUUUUCUAUUAAAUAUUUAUUUCUGGUUAGUAUUUAUUUACGAAUUACACUUUUCAAAUUUGUUUGUUAGAAAAAUUGUAUUUUGUUCUUAUUUUAAAAGUGAUAUUGUAAUCAUGUCCACUAGCUUUCCUUGGUUUAGUUGAAAAUAUAGGCAAAUAUUAUUUUGUAAAUAAACGUGUCACAGUUCUAAG